AAAGAGAAAAAAAAAACAAAGAGCAAGAGCAGAUAAUAUUGUCAAUGGAAACUAUCCAAGAAAAACCAGAAGUUCAUGAGGAGGAAUUGAUAGAACCAGCAACACCAACCGCGCAGUUCUUCAACAGUGAAUCACUAUCUGUUUGCAUUCUUGCAGCUUUAGAGUCAGAGAUCCCCAUUGAUGACUCCCAAACUAUGUCAUUGCUCGAGAACGUUUUCAUCCCCAUCAACCCACGUUUCUCCUCUAUCAUGGUAAAAGAUGAUGAGAAUGGAGGAAAACACUGGAAGAAGGUAAGCGUUAAACUGGAUGAUCACAUUCAGGUUCCCGUAUUCCCUGAGGGGUUGUCGUUUGAAUCCUACGACGAAUACUUACAAGAAUACACGACAAAGAUAGCUAUGGAGCAACUACCACAAAAUAGACCGUUAUGGGAGAUUCACAUAUUUAAGUACUCAACAACAAAUGCUGCUGGGACACUUAUGUUCAAGCUUCAUCAUGCCUUGGGUGAUGGAUAUUCACUCAUGGGUGCUCUUUUUAGUUGUUUGCAAAGAUCUGACAACCCUUCUCUUCCUUUAACUUUUCCAAAGAUUGGUGGUAUGGAAAAGAGGAAAAGUACCGUUACAGAGAGUUUGUCAGUGUUUAUGAAUACUGUCACAGAUUUCACAUGGAGUCUAAUGAAGAGUAGUUUUUUGGAAGAUCAUGUUAGUCCUAUUAGAUCAGCUACAGUCGGGGUAGAGUUGAAACCGAUUACGAUCUCUACUGUUACAUUCUCUCUUGAUCAGAUCAAACAAAUUAAAACGAAACUCGGCGGGACUAUUAAUGACGUGAUUGUUGGUGUAAUAUUUUACGGAACUAGACUCUACAUGGAGGCUGUAAGCAAAGGUUCAUCUAAUGCACAGUCGACAGCAUUAGUUUUACUAAACACUAGGGAGAUAACUACAUACCAAACAGUGCAGGAGAUGGCAAAACCAAAUACUACGGCUUCAUGGGGGAAUAAUUUCGGGUUUUUACAUGUAAAUGUACCUGGCAAGGCUGACAUAGAGAACGUUAACCCGUUAGAUUUUGUUUUCGAAGCUAAGAAACUGAUCACGAAGAAGAAAAAUUCAUUGGCUGUGUAUCUGAAUGGCAGCUUACUGAAUUUGAUGAGAAAAUUAAGAGGUCCAGAGGUUGCAUCCCGUUACAUCCAUAAGACCUUAUGGAACACAAGCAUGACAAUAUCGAAUUUGAUUGGACCAGUGGAGCAAAUGGCAUUGGCAAAUCAUCCGAUUAAGGGUCUCUACUUCUGCGUGAUUAAUGCUCCUCAGAGCCUGUUGUUAUCCUUGGUGAGUUACAUGGGAAAAUUGAGGGUGACUGUGGGAGGAGAAAGGGAGUUGAUAAACCACAAAUUAUAUAGUUCUUGCUUGAACAAGGCAUUUGGGAAGAUUUUGGAAGCUGCAAUUAACUCUUAAUUUCAAGCUUGUUUAAGAUGAUGGGUUUACUCAUCAAUUAGUUUCGCGCCGAUGUCGGGCUAUAUAUCCCU